AUGGUUUCUUCUCCGUCAAAAGCCAAGAAGUCGCGCACCAAACCCCCUCGCAGCCGGCCACAGGCCACUUCGGCGAUCUCCCAGCCGUCGGUCGAGGACGCUUCCACCUCUACAUACCUCUCCUCGUUCUCUCCUGACGGGAACCUCUUUGCGUUCCUGUCGCUUUCAAUAGACAAGCAUGCUCUCAAAGUUUAUGAUACCGCGACGAGAAGAUCAGUGGCCGAGCACGUUGUCGACGCAGCGCGCGUAACCUCCCUUUGCUGGGCACGCCUGGAUCUCGCGGAGGGAUCAGGGAAGGAUGGGGGGGAUGAAGACAGUGCGCGCAAGAGCAAACGGAAGAAGAGACAAAGCCUUGCGGCGGAGUCUGCGCCUUCAAGCAAUAACGCUCCACAAGUCGUCGUUCUCGGCCUUUCCAACGGUUCGCUCCUUCUCUUCUCGCCCACACACGGACGGCUGCUCCGCACACUCUCCGAUCCCUCAUGCUCCUCCGCCGUUCUUGCCGUUGCUUCUCAAGCUUCGGGUGAACUCGACGCUCAUACCCUUUGGACAUCAAGUGCGGAUGGUGCGUUGCGUCUGUGGGACGCUCGAGCAAAUCAAAUAGCCAAGUCCAUCCUCAGCGACGACCGGGUUCCCUACACAUCGCUCUCCGUUCGUGCUGGUGAAGAAACAGGCGUUACAGAGAUUCUUGCUGCACACCACUCAAUUCAACUUCUCGCCAUCCCUGCGGACUCUCCAAAACCUAAAACCAUCGCCAAGUUCACAGGGCACGCAUCCCCCACCAGCCACCUCUAUUGGAUGGAUAGCACACGCUUUGUUUCUGCGGCGACCGCGGAUCGGUUUGUCAAGGUCUGGGAGCUACCGUCAGGGCCCAAGGUUGAAGGAAAAUCCAUCGCCUCUAUCCCCUUGGAUGCCGACUGCCGCAUGAUCGUUCUUUCCCCCAUCACUCUGUCAGACUCCCCAUCUGGACAACAUUUAUAUGCCCUUUCAGCCGCAGGGCGUUUGUCUGUGUUCACACUAACCACGGACUUGGCGAACACCGGCCCCAGCAAAGGCAAGAGUGCUGUUCCCUCUCUUACGCCAAAGUCGGUCAUCACGCUGUCAUCGAAGAAGAACGGGGCUUCUUUAGCCGUUCUGACUGUGGCUUCUCUGGACGAAACCCUUGGGAGAUUGCGUGUGGCCAGCGUGACUGGAGGAGUGCAACUCGCGUUUGACACAACGGACUACAGAGAUCAGUCUGGCAGUUACAUCUCAGACGUCACUGUAACUGUAACACCGCCAGACACCCUGGCCGCCCAAAGCGAGCGAGACGUAUGUUCCAUCGGUGCUUCCAACAAACGGUAUAAUGAGUCGGCAUCUCUCGCCGUCAGCAGCGGCGCAGAACUAGGACAAGACCGAGAGUUGGACGACUUGGUCAUGCAAACGGUAGAUGGAGCCCUGGAUGCGGAUCUGGCAGAGCUUAGCCUGGGCCAGCGCCUCACCGCUGUCCACGGAGCCGUGAACGGGGUCGACGAGUCCAAUUUAAGCUCAGAAGAGGACGAGCCUUCCGCUCCGAAUGGCAAGGCCAAGAAGACCUCGCCCGUGGCAGUGGACACCGUCCCCGCAGCCUCCCUCACGCGUACGCUUAUCCAAGCCUUGCACUCGGCAGACACACGUCUACUGGAGACGUGCCUGGCGCAUUCCGAUCCGGCACUCAUCCGGAAUACUGUCAGGCGAUUACCUCCACAACUCUCAGUCCCGCUCGUCACGGCCUGCGUCGAAAGGCUCAGCCGAGGCGCUAGAGGAAACAACAUGAAGGGUGGAGGUGGAGGUGCGAGCUCGCAGCGGGGAACGGCUCUCAUCAACUGGGUUCAGGCCGUGUUAACCACUCACUCUGGCCAUCUCAUGACGAUGCCCGAUCUGGUUGCGCGACUAUCAGGCCUGCACGCCACUCUCACCCAACGGUUGACUCUCCAAGAGAGCCUGCUGUCAUUGAGCGGACGGUUGGACAUGGUCAUCUCUCAGAUCGAGAUGCGCUCCUCGGGGCCUCCAGCGCCUCUGCCAAUGCCGAAGAAAAAGAGCAAGAAAGCUCCCGCAGGCGGCCGCGAGCCACGGCGGUACGUGGAAGGCGAGAGCGAAGAUGAAGAGCGUCGGAUGGACGUUGAGGUCGAGAGUGCAGACGAGGAAGGGAGUGUCGAGGACGUUGAGUUGGGCGGCGAGGACACCGAAGAAGACAGCGAGAGCGACGAAGAUGACGAGGACGAGGAGGACGAAGAAGACGAAGAAGAUGAAGGAGAUGACCCUACUCUGGGCGGAUUCAUUGACGAUGAAGCGGAGGAGUACAGCGAAGAGUCGGACGAGGAUGAGAGCGAAUAA